AUGUCCACUAUACUCGAUGUCUGCGGUCCCCUCUCGCCGCCCUCGACGCCCCCGUUGAUGGAAGAAAAAGUGGAGUCGCCCAAAAAUGGUGCACCGAAACGAGCCAGAGAGUCGCCCCCGGCCGGGCUGGUCACCCCCCAACCCUCGGACUCCGAAGGGGAGGAGGAGUGCAGCAAACGACAGCGCUGCGAGCUGGCCCGGUUGCUGCUCACUACGCCUCCGCCGGAACCGUUCGGUGUCUCCCCGCGUCCUUCCGUCAUAAUGAGGGCUCACAAGGAUGGCACUUGUAGUCCCGAACCUCUACCGCCGCCCCCUGAAACGAUGAACAUCCUCAAAACACUAAAAUUUAAAAUGAACCGCGGCCACAGUUAUUCGCAAGCGAAAUACAUCGCUACGCAGACACACAGGCCAGCCGCACCUCCGGAAGCGCCCGUAGCGAAAGUGGAAGAAGCGCGGGUCCCCUCGCCCCACCCAGAGGUGCAGGCGAAACAGGAAGAGCGGGUCCCGCAGGCGACCGCGUCGACGCCCGGCUGGGUCCCUCUUGCUCCGCGACCUGCGCCCGCCGUCAUAGUCCCCGGCGCCCUUCUUCCCACCACAGCGCUGUGGCUCGUCACGCCGGCUCCGGCCGCCCGGCGAAGACUGUACGAGUGUUCCCACCCCGGCUGCGGCAAGAAUUACUUCAAGUCGUCGCACCUCAAGGCCCACGCGCGCACCCACACCGGGGAGCGGCCGUUCCGAUGCCUGUGGGUCGGGUGCGAGCGACGCUUCUCCCGGUCCGACGAGCUCUCCCGCCACAAGAGGACCCACACCGGCGAGAAAAAGUUCGCGUGCCGUGUGUGCAACCGCCGCUUCAUGCGCUCCGACCACCUCGCCAAGCACGUGAAGAGGCACGCCAAAGAGAGGACCCCACAGCCUCCGGUGCUGCGACUGCUCCCGUCCCCCCCGAUCGCCAUCCCCGUGCCCGCCGCGCAAUGA